UGUAAGAACGGUCGCUUUCGCUUGACGUGAGCGGUAACCUGUCGCCCUCUGACGACAACAAAAAAAGUGGUUUGUAAGCACAGCGGUAGUAGACGUUCAGGCGCAGAUAUUACUUCUCAUUGCGCAUGCGUCAAUGACGUUUGGCAUUGUUUAUUUUGAUUUUGUAGUCGUUGCAUUAAAUUUGCUGGAAAAUGGAUCACGCUGAAAAACAAAUUAUGACUCUAUUAAUUCAAGAGGAAGAGGAAGAAGCUAGAAUUAGAUUAUUCUUUCAAAAUAAAGAAGAGGAUGAAAUUUUUGUGAAUCGUCCAACUGAAGGAACAUUCGCUGUUCUGAUUCAAAGACAUUUAAUGUUCAACGAUGAAAAAUUUCGGCAGUAUUUUCGAUUUUCAAUUGAAUUGCUUCAAGAACUAUUUAAUCUAAUCGAAGGAAGCAUUUCAUACAGAGUGUGUAAUAGAAGGCAGCAGCCAGUCUCCAAAAAAGAGAAAUUGUGCCUGACUCUCAGAUACCUAGCAACCGGAGAAUCCUACCGUUCUUUGGCAUUCAACUACAGAAUUUGCCAUAGUUGAAUUGGCCGUAUUAUUGAAGAGGUUCUGGAAAGCACCAUAAAAAGUGUAAUGCCUUUGUUUUUGCCGCAGCCUUCUGAAGAGAAGUUUAAGGAAAUAGAAAAGAACUUCUCAAAGAUGUGGAACUUUCCUAAUUGCUGUGGUGCAAUUGAUG